AUGGGUGCAGCACAUUGUGGAGAAGAGCUCUGGGAAAUCCACAAACAAAAUGUGGUGGAAGAUGAGCCACAAAAGCAAGAAGACAAGCCAGAAGUUCAAGGACAAGCUGAUCUUCUGGUAGAGCUAUCCAUGGGGAAACAAAUAAGCCCAUCUAAAAUGUCUCCAGCAAAUGUCCCCUCUCAAGAUAAUUUAGUUUCUGCUGACAGUGGAAAAAGGUCAAUGUGUGCAGACGAAAUUAAACCUACUUCUCACAGAAAUGAAAUAACAGCAGAUCAGCAGACAGCUAGUGCUGAACCCGAAGAGCUCUUCAGACCAUCAUCAGAAGUUCUCGGAAUGGGCAUAGACUAUCUGGAGCAAUUUGGAACUUCAUCUUUCAAAGAGUCUGCUUUGAGGAAGCAGUCAUUGUAUUUGAAGUUUGAUCCUCUGUUGAGAGACAGUCCCAGAAAGCAACCAAUUUUUGGUACUACUGAAGCAAAUACGAAUAUCAUGACUGCUCCACUUCAGUGUGGCCCUACUUCUGAUUUAAACAAACUGCUUGAAGAAAAUGAGAAUCCUGCAUCAAGUCUUCAGAAUGAGGAAAAACCAAAAGGGCUAGAUCUUCUAGGAACUUUUACAACUUCUGAUCCUGGUCUCAUAAUUCCAGACUCCCUGGCACAUGAUGUUUCUCCACUCGCUUUUACUGCUUCCACAAACACUGCAGUGGAUGCUAUUAUAGAUGUGCUGAAAUACAGCCAAAAAGAUAUGGAUGCAGUUGUUGAACUAGUUAAAAGAGAGGUUCAAGAGAAAGAGUUGGAGACUCUGGAAUGGAAACAGAAGUACAACAAGCUUCACGUGGAAUACAAGGAAAUGGGGAAAGUAGUUGCAGAGUUUGAAGGUACAAUAACCCAAAUGAUGGAGGAUUCUCAGAAACAGAAGGAGCUUUCAAAGAAAGAAAUACAGAGGAUGGUAGAAGAAAAGCAGCAAGUUAUUUCAGAUCUGAACUCUAUGGAGACAUCUUUCUCAGAACUCUUCAAGCGUUUUGAAAAACAGAAAGAAGUGCUGGAGGGUUAUCGCAAAAAUGAAGAAGCUUUGAAAAAAUGUGCUGAAGAAUAUCUGGCUAGAAUUAAGAAAGAGGAACAGAGAUAUCAGGCACUAAAGGCACAUGCUGAAGAAAAGCUGCAUCAAGCAAAUGAGGAAAUUGCCCAGGUACGAAACAAAGCUAAAUCAGAAAUUGCAGCCCUACAAGCCAGUCUCCGCAAAGAACAAAUGAGAAUCCAGUCUUUAGAGAGGAGCCUUGAACAAAAGACAAAAGAAAAUGAUGAACUAACGAAGAUCUGUGAUGACUUGAUUUUGAAGAUGGGAAAAAAUGGAUAGCUCAGUUAUCUCUGUAAAUAUGUCUAGUUUCUCUGAUUUCCUGUCCUGUGUUCACUCAUGAUUUUAAUUAUGUGGAGGAAAAAUAAAAUGCUUGAUUUACACUC